CCUGCCACAUGAACUUUGGUUUUCAAUUAUCUUAAAAGAAGACUCGGGAACUAAUGCCGUUCUUUGAGAGUAGAGAUGAUAUCCCUGCAAUUUAUAACUUCUCUGCCUUCCUUGCAAAUCCCUAAUUCCCACUUCUUAAAACCUAAUCACCUUUCUCUCCAAUGCUUCACAAACCCUAAUUUUCACUCAAUCCCUUUCCCCAGAACCCCUUAUCUUACAAAAUCCAAACAUACUCUUUUCCUCUCUUUCCCCAAAAACUCUAACUUUAAACUCAAAAGCUCACAAAGAUUAAAACUUUCAGCUAAAUUGCAGAGGUUAAUUUGUCAUGGGGUUAAAGAUUCUGGUGAAGAGACUAAGACAGUGUUGGAUUCUGGUGGUGAUGGUGGUGGAGGUGGGGAUGAUGGUGAUGGGGAGAUGGAGAAAAAUGAUGGGAUUUUGCCAGAGUGGUUAAAUUUUACUACGGAUGAUGUAAAGACUGUCUUUUCUGCUGUUGCUGUUUCGCUUGCAUUUCGUUAUUUUGUAGCAGAGCCAAGGUUCAUUCCUUCUUUGUCUAUGUAUCCAACGUUUGACGUUGGCGAUCGGGUUGUUGCCGAGAAGGUUUCAUACUAUUUCAGAAAGCCAUGUGUAAAUGAUAUAGUGAUCUUCAAAAGUCCACCAGUCCUCCAGGAAGUUGGUUACACGGAUAAUGAUGUAUUCAUAAAACGAAUUGUUGCAAAGGAAGGUGAUAUUGUAGAGGUUCAUGAGGGGAAGCUUAUAGUAAAUGGAGUUGUGAGAAGUGAAAAGUUUAUUCUUGAAUCUCCUUUGUAUGAGAUGACACCUGUUCGUGUACCUGAGAACUCUGUUUUUGUGAUGGGUGACAAUCGUAAUAAUAGUUAUGAUUCACACGUAUGGGGUCCCCUUCCCGCAAAGAACAUUAUUGGAAGAUCAGUUUUCCGUUAUUGGCCACCUAAAAGGAUUGGCGGCACGGUUCUUGAUACCGGCUGUGCUGUUGAUAAGCAGAAGAACACUGCUGCAUCUGAAUAGUACCAAGCCCUUCGGAAGAGCUUGUUUAUUUUCUGGAUACUCACUCUUCCUUUCAUCGAAUUCUGUCCCAUUUUCUUAUCCCUUAAUCUGCUCACUUUUUUAAAAAAGUUCCAUAGCAGCAUUCUUCACUUGAGAGAGGCAAUUUUUGCAUGGGAAAGGUUUUUUGCCCCUUUCCCAUGACCUGGAUGUAAUUAUAGGGCAUGCCUGUAUUGAUCUACACAAUUGAAUUGUAUUCAAUGAAGCAACUCUCUAAUCUCUCUUCA